UCCCACACUGUGUGUUUCUCUCCACACUAAACGCGUCUCCCUCUCCUCGCCCGCCAAAAAAUCAGCUCACUCUUCGCUCUCGCUCGCAAUGGCCAAGGAAACAAAGACCAGAAAGACAAAGGUCGGCGGCCGCCGCAAGAAAGACCCCAACGCCCCCAAGCGCUCCCUCUCCGCCUACAUGUUCUUCGCCAACGAGCAGCGUGAGACCGUCCGCUCGGAGAACCCUGGCAUCGCCUUUGGCCAGGUCGGCAAGCUCCUCGGUGAGCGAUGGAAGGCCUUGACCGCCAAGGACAAAGUCCCCUACGAAGCGCGUGCCGCCCAGGACAAGAAGCGCUACGAGGAGGAGAAGGCCGCCUACCUUGCCAGCAGCACCGGCGACUUCGAGGAGGACGAGGAGUAAUUUCUCCCUCCUAUCUUGCAGAGAACAAUGAGCAGCAUCAGCCACUCAUCUCUAUUUUUUCCUUUCCUCUUUUGUGCUUUUAUACUAUACUAUACUGGUCUUUCUAUACGCUAUCGGGCUGGACUUUGGAUUUCGCUACUUCAAAUGGGUACUGGUAGCUUGUGUGCUUUUAACUUGAUUUUUUUUUAUAUUCGGUUGAUUUAUCUAUCUCUCGCUUAUUUAUUAUUUUUUUCUAUCCUGCGCGCUUUCUCUUCCUCGAAGAUCCUAGCCUGCACGUUUGUAUUCUUAUUCUUCUUCUUCUCAGAGAGAUGUAUCUCUGCUUUACUU